AUGAACUCGUUGAUGCGGGUGACCCAACGCUUCAACUCAAACUUUGCUCCUCUUGGGUCGGCUCUCGUCAAAAGGAAACGUUUUUACAAGAAAGUCGAUGUGAUUCGAGAGGAUCCUUUCUUCAAAGUGACGUUGGAUGGGCGAGUGUUGAAGACGCAAGCUGGCAAACCAUUGAAGGUUGACUCCGAACCGCUGGCACUGGCUAUUGCCGAAGAAUGGGCAUCACAAAAUGAAAAUCUCGAGAUUGGGUUGAUGAGAUUAACCGGACUUGCCUUCACUGCUCACGAUAAUCCAUUGUUAUGUACAAAGCAGUCAAUAACCGACAAGCUAUUGGAGUAUUUGGAAAACGAUACAAUCCUCUUCUACAACGAUGAGAGUACCAACUUACACGAAGAGCAGGUCAAACGAUGGACGCCUUUAAUAAAAAAUGCAAAUACAGAACUGGGGACUUCGUUGAAACCGAUUACAAAUUUAAUGGAUACGGUUGUUUCAAACGAGGAUCGCAAACGAUUUGGCGGAUGGUUGUUAUCACACAAUGAAUGGGCGCUUCAUGGAUUACAAUAUGCUGUCGAAUCGGUGAAAUCAGUUUUGAUUCCAUUCAAUGUGCUCCAGUGGAAAGUUACCGCUCCUGAAGCUGUCGAAUUAGCUGCAUUGGAGCGAAAAGUACAAGCACAAGUUUGGGGAGAGGUUGAAUGGGCACAUGGUAUCGAAGACGAGGAACUCCUCUCUCGUCUUUCCACUGCUUGUUUAUUUGUCUAUCUGAAUUCUAACAAAAUGCGCACAAAUGAUGUC